UGAGGCGGCGGCGCCAUGGCGGACAGGCGGCGGCGGGCCCGCGUGCAGGGCGCCUGGGCCGGCGGCGCGGCGGGGACGGCCGCAGCACCAAAGGCACCUGUGGCCAGUAACGUUUCCCCUGCAGGUACUACUGGGCAGGCGUGGAUGCAAAAAGGUCAACUUCACCCUCAAAAGCAAUUUGUCUUUGAAAAGCCAUCGGAGGUGGAACGCAAGGUUCCUGAGGCAGGUGUGAUAGACAAGCCUGGUGUGUAUGAGCUCAGCACGGGACCAAGCGGAGUUUCCAGGAUUCAUUUGAUUCCUGCCUUCAUUGAUUCAGAACAAGCAGACUGGAUGUUUGAACAACUCCUCCAAGACAUACCCUGGGGUCAGAGAACUCACAUCAGACAGGAAAUGUCUUUUGAGGAGCCAAGGCUUACCUCCUGGUAUGGGGAACUUCCUUACACGUACUCCAGGAUAACGAUGCAGCCAAACCCAAAUUGGCAUCCUCUGCUGACUAUGCUAAAGGAGCGCAUUGAAGAGUUCUCUGGCUAUGCCUUCAACUCCCUGCUCUGCAACCUGUACCGAAACGAGAAGGACAGCGUAGACUGGCACAGUGACGACGAACCAUCGCUGGGAAAAAAUCCCAUCAUUGCCUCGCUCAGCUUUGGCGCUACCCGGACCUUUGAGAUGAGGAAGAAACCCUCCCCCGAAGAGAAUGGAGACUAUACUUACGUAGAGAGACUAAAAAUCCCACUUGAUCAUGGGACUCUGCUGAUGAUGGAAGGAGCUACCCAGGAGGAUUGGCAGCAUCGAGUGCCUAAGGAAUAUCAUUCCAGAGAUGCACGUAUCAACUUGACCUUUAGGAUCAUUUAUCCAGAACCUGGUGGAGUUUGGAAGUGAAGAGGCACUUUGGGCAUUGCUGAACACACAGCAGAUCGAGAGCCUCAGUUGCCUACGUGUUUUACAGGAGCAGAGUUCUGUGAAAUAUCUUAUGGGGAAAAAACUGAUGUCAUGAAGAUCUUUGACAAUCAGAAGUUACCUGUUAUGCGGACAGCGUGGUUUUGUUUUCAGAAAUGGUAUGCCUUUAGAUGAUACUAAAUCACAGGCUUUGUUUGUGCAAAGAUGAUGAUCAUUCCUAAAAGAACAUGGAAUCUCUGAGAGGUACUGACUGGAGCAGAAUGAUUCAGUGAGCAGUUAUUUUUGCACCUUCUCGUCUCCCAUUUCUCCCCAGAUGGUGAUCUACGUUCAAGUGACAUAGAUCCAGGACGUGUUCGGGAUUCUUUUAUGUAAAGCCAGCUAUCUGUGCGCUGUGUGUGUGGAAAUGGGAAAGCUGCACUCUGGGAUGAUUUCUGAGUGUUAGUCGCUUCACCAAGGGGUAAUGCAUUGCUUUUUAUUUGUAGGUUGCAAGAGUCUUCUGCAACAAAGCAGUCAGUUUUGUUAGUUAUAAAACUGCUUGAACUAUACUUGUGCCUAGUAGAACAGCGGGUCGAGGCUUUCUUCAGCUAUGUUCUCUAUGGGCAGAUUUCGGUCCUUACUGCUUAUUUGUGUAGACAAGUCACAAAAGGGCAAGGAACACAAACAUCUUAGCCAUGAAUCUUAUCAGCUAUGUCAAAACUGCUGACUUCUUGAGUGCUAACAGUCUUCCAUCCCUGUUGGCGUAGAAGUGUUACCUCUGUGUCAUAGGCAGGAAAACAGAAACAAGGAGAUAAAAAAGGUUUUUUGUUUUUUUUUUUUUUUAGAAUUUACUAAUGCAUUCUUACUUUCUUUUUAGCACAACUGAGUUAUGGCUUUCAGUGAUUUUAGGUGGGACAAGAAAUGUCAGCAUCCCUAAAAUUCACACUUGCGCUGCCAAACUUGAUAUCCAGAAUUGGCCCAAAGAUUUGGACACAAAUUAUUAUAAUCACACUGUAAGUUGUAAAGCUGUAAGUAUAGUGUUAGUAUCACCGGGCGCAGCACCCAGUCUGGUGCUGCUAGCAAAACAUCCUGCUCCUAGAGUGGUGCUUGCUGCGUUAGAGCAGGGCUUGCUUGCAGGGCUCUCUCUCAAAUAGCUGCUGUUACAGAGCAGCAGUCAGCAGCUCAGACCCGAUUCUUGGUUGCCUUGUUGGAGUUUGCCUGACCUAGGUACAUCCUACCUGUUGUUAGAACCAGGGAGCUGGUGGUUGCCUUCUCAGUCGUCACACAUGUUGUCUGCAUGGUUCUCACUGCAGCGAUGGCAUCCCCUGUCCCGGAUCAAAACGCUGGUUUGGUAUCGCUUCGCUUUCUGCUUGAAGCACGAUCUAAGCACGGGGAAAUACUCUGUGCCUUGUAACAUACUGGCAAGCUGCUUUAAUGCAAGAAUAAGCAGGUGGUUGGAAAAUGCCUGUCUCUUCGUAGCCAGCAUUAUCUGUAGUUUAAAGUUGUUCUGGACAAGAGCAGUCAAGUUGUUAACACUCAGUUAUGCCUAUUUUUAAAGGCACUGGUAACCUAAAGGACAGGCUGUCGAGUCGUUUCAUUCCCUGUAUUCUGAAAUUUGGCAGAAGCCAAAUUUGUUUGUGUAUCAGACAAACUUAUUAGGAGAUUCUCUAUUUAAAACACCAUACAGAUUUUGAAAUAGCUUAUUCUUCUAAAAUGAAUGCAUGUUAUUGGGAAGCUUAUUUUGUUAUCUAAUAAUUUCUUCACUUUUAUCCCAGUUCCUAAAGCAAUAUGUUUUUGGAAAUACAUUUGAAAUAAGUUUCCAAUGUAAUAUUAAUUUCUUGUACUUGAAUCUAAGAUAUGGACUCAGUGAUGUAUGUUUUGAGAAUUCAUGUUGAAGCAGGUGGAGUUUACUUUAAAAUUCAUUUUCUUCAGGUAGCUGGUGCUUUGCUUAUGUCCCUGUAUGUGUGCCCAGUUGUUGCAGUCCUUAAAAAGAGUGUUUUCCUUAACCGAAGGGCAUCUGAUUUCUCCAGGUAUUCUGACUAGGCAACAUGUUAGCCUUUAGUAGUUCAUACAUUUAGUUCUACGUUUGUUUACACUUUGUUAAAAGCAGUCAUGCUGCAAAAGGAGUAGGAGAUGGGGACUGGUGGGAACUUCUUAAACCCACAAACCCAAACCUAUGGAAAUUGCAACUUGUUUGAAUUCAAUGGGGCUGUGAUGCACAGGCAGGGCCCUGGAGACUGAUGCUGUUGAGGAAAACAAACAGUUCCUUGCUUACUUUCUCAGUUUCAAUUCAUAAUGUUAGCAAACUGUGUUGUAAUUUUGUUUAUUUGGGUUGAACUGGAAAAAUACAGAGGUUUGCCCCUCAAAAUAAAAUGAUUUAAAAGAGGAA